GCAACAUUGUGAGCCCACGUCACAGACAUCGACACCUGGAAAUGGAACUUCGAUAACACACGCACCCAUCCACCAUGGCCGACGAAGAAGCGCCCAAAGAAUUUCCCGAUGUCAGCCAGAAGCUGGCCGCCCCGAAGAAGUUGUCCGCCUUCGAAAAGGAGCGACUAGCAGCGGAGGAGAAGCGUCGCCGGGAGCAGGCCGAGACAGCAGCUGCAUUAGCUGAAUUUGAGGAUUCCUUUGGUGGGAGUGACGACUACGAUGGCUACUCCAACUCGUCGCGAGGACCGCCGUCGGGGCCUGGGCGGGGAUAUGGAGGCUCCCGAGGCGGAUUUGGAGGACCUCCGCCCAGCCUGAAGCGAAAGCGAGCGUUGGAUGAAUUGCGAGAGCAGCAGGAGGUCCGACGGGAACAGGAAGCUCUGGCUGCCGAGUACAACCUGGGCGGGAAUGCAAGACGAGACGAGUCCAGCAGACAUACCCGAGCAGACGAAGACGAUCCCGGAGCUGCUGCGCCCAGGCCGACGGUACAGUUGUCCAAUUUACCGCCAUCUUUCAAUGAAGGUGUUGUGCGUGAGCUCCUGGCCGAUCACCUCAAGGUCCAUAGCGUUUCAAUAUCGCCGCCACUCAGGCAUGGCAGGAUGUCUGUGACGGCAAUAGCACUGCUGGACUACGAGACACCUACCUCUCAGAUUGAUACUGCCGUCAGUGCCCUCAGAGACCGCUACCUUGGAUGUGGCUUUCGACUGGUCAUCGCGCGCCAUUUGUCAUCAACAGCCCUGCCACCAGGCACGCUACCUGGCUCGGGAGCAGAACCGCAGCCCUUUGGCGCCGAAAAGAUCAACCGCGACCAGCCCAGAGGAGGAUAUAGUAUGCGCAAUGCCCCUCCACCUUCAGACUUCGCUCCUCCGGAUUCGUAUGAGCCGCGACCACCACGCAAUGGAGGCCUUGAAGCGGUGGCCCAUCUUUCUGUACAACCACCAUUGGAGAUUGCGAGCGUGAGAGCAAUUCACGUCAUAGUAGAACGGCUGUUGUCAGAGCCCAGCCCCGAGAAGGCCAUCGAGCUUGAAGCUGUCCUGAUGUCAAUGCCCGAAGUGGAAACUGAUGAGCGAUUCGCCUUUCUGUACGAUCCGCAUAGUCCGGAAGGAAUAUAUUAUCGCUACUUACUGUGGAAUGAUGACGAGGACUUUGAGGUUCUGCAGGAACAGAGACGAAUUCGCAGAGGUCCCGAACGGCCUUUUGAUGACGUCCCCAUUGACUGGAACAUCUUGCAGGGCGAUGUUCCGUUCAUGGAUCUCACCAAAUUGGGCGACGCGCUGAAUCAUCCCAACUAUGAAUCUUCCGAUGAGGAGAGCGAUGACGAAGCCGAGCAACGUAAAUUCAAUACGAGCCGGAGAGAAGGAGAGGGAGCGCCUUCUGCUGACAAGAAGCAUUUGACGCCUCUGCAGAUUGCUAAAUUCGCCUGGCUCCUCUCACGAUUGCCCACAACGCAAGCUAAGUUGCGACUUGGUGACAUUGCAGCUAUCUCGGCUUUCGCCAUCAAGAAUGCCGGCGCUGGGGCGGAAGAGAUAGUUGACAUGCUGGUCCUGAAUGUCGAGAAGCCAUUCGGCUCGACACAGUGCGGCAAAUUUGACGAGGAAGAUCCAAAUCAGGAUGACGAAGACGUCUAUGAACCGGAUGAGGAGCUACCAAGCAUCGAAGCUCACGGUCUUUCAGGCAGAGACAAAAAAGAGCAUGAUACCGACCCAUCUCAGAUCAAGCUUGUUGCUCUAUAUCUGAUCAAUGACAUUUUACACAACUCUGCAACAGCCGGAGUACGCAACGCUUGGAAGUACCGUCAACUGUUCGAAACGGCGUUUCGUCGACAGAGUACAUUUCAGACGCUUGGGUGUCUAGGCAAAGAUCUUGGAUGGGGAAGAAUGAAAGAGCAACAGUGGCGCAAUCGAGUGGGGGUGCUCUUCGAGAUCUGGGAGCGAAACAGCGUGUUUGCUGCAGAUGUAUUUGAUGAGUUCAAGAGAGGGUUCUUCGAGCAACCUGCCGAGGAUGGUCCCGAUCAGGGCGAUGAGGGCAAUCAGGACGGAAAAGUCACAGUGGGAGAUUUGAAACACCUUUCAAAGUUCAAGCGCAUUGAUGGCACCGCAUCACCUGCUGCUGCUUCGGAAUCUCCAGCACCGGCACCCAUCACUGGACCCGCAGCCGACACUGCAGCUCUGCUCAUGGAUGAUCGGCCGUUGGAUGAGGCAGAAGAGGCCGACUUGGAUGGCGCAUCUGUGGACCUGGACGGAGAUUCAGUGGACUUGGACGCGUCGCCACCGGAUGAAGUUAACGAUGGUCCUGAAGAGGGCGGUGGCCCGACAGCCGACGUGGAAAUGUCUGCGAUUGAGGACGAUACGUCAAAGACAGAUUCCCAUCUGCCUGCCGAUUCAGCAAAGGCUAAUGGCAAUGGCUUCUCCUUGAAGAGCUCCAGCGGGGGCAAAGCACAGCCUCCUGCUGAACCGGCUCGCAAGCGACAGGCAGAAGACAUGUUCGCUGAUAGUGAUGAUGAUUAAUGAAACUUCGGAGACCGCUAGUUUUCGGACGGCGAGUUCUCCACCUUACCCACA